AUGCUCCUGGUGGCUCGCAGACUGCUGGGCUCGAGCGUGGUAAACCAUGCAGUCCUCGCACAGCUGAAUGGGGGGCCCGCUGGCGCCAGCACCCUCGUGGGAGCCACGGACACAUCCCUGGUUGUCAUCUCGCUGGCCACCUCCGGAUCCAGCGCCGUGCUCUGCCAGCAGCACCUGCCCUUCGUGGUCCUGGGGCUGCAGGCCACCCCCAUGGGCCACACUCAGGAUGCCAUCUGCAUGCUGGCCGACGCGGGGUUUGUUGAGAUCAUGGCGUACGAUGCGGAAGCAAACAGGCUGGUCACCCUGGUCCGCCACGCGCUGGCGGGCCCCACCCUGAACCCCUGGGUCCACCUGGCCGCGGCCCGAGGGCGGGGCGUGGUCGCCGUGGCGAGUGUCACGCAGCAGAUCGCCGUGCUGGCGCUGACGGGGCCGGGGAGCGGCGUCGGCGGCGACUGGGCCCUGCAGCCCCUGGCGUGGGGCGGGAUGGGCGUGGACGACGUCAUCGCCGGCCUCGCCCUGACUGGUGCGGCGGAGCCGGGCAAUGGGCUGGACGCGGAGUGGUUUGCGCAGGACGCCUGGAUCUGGGGCCUGCACCCGGGCCCACCCUCCCGCCCGCACACCCUCCUCCUGCGCUAUGAGAGCUGCGCCAUGCUCUGCGCGCCGCGGCGGGGCCAACGGGCCGCCGUGCUGGCCCACUACCGCCCCUACUGGGCCGGCGGGACGCGGCUGUGGGGUCACGCGGCGGUGGCCGGGCUGGCGUGGCAGCCGGGCGGGGAGGCGCUGUACCUCGCCAGCUUCGACGGCCGCCUGUCGCUGGCCGGCGGCCCGGCGGCGAGCGUGGCGCCCGCGUGCGACGGCGCUGUGCCCGUGUUCACCGGCAGGCCCAAGCGCGUCGACGCGGAGGUGCCCGGCGAGGUGCAUGCGCUGCUCCUGCCGGCGGCAGAGGGCCCCUUCGUCUGGCUCGCCUCGGGGGGAGGGGUGGUGGUGGCCGCCAACCGCACCGACCGACCCCUCAUCCCCGGCGGACUGGGGCCCGUGGCCGGCGCCAGCCUGGGCCUGGAGGAGGGCCGGCCCCUGCUCUGGGCGGUGGGCCAGGCGGCGACGGAGGGCCCGCUGGCCCACGUGACACAGGUCCGCGUCGCGGAGAGCGCGGCGCCUGGCGCUGGCGGCGAUGAGAACGGCCGGCCGCCAUGGGUCCUCAACGGGGCGUGGCCCUACCCCACCGGCGACGCGCGCGAGCGGGUCGUCCUCUCCUUCGGGGCUGGGACCUGCGUCAAGCUCCUCACCGGGGAGGGCGAGCUGGAGGACGCUUCGCAGGGCCUGGCCUUUGACGCGGACGCCCCGACCCUGGCCUUUGGGGCCUUGCCCGGGCUUUGGCCCGUCCAGGUCACCGCCUCGGCCGUGCUGGCGGUGCUGUCGAGGCUGGUGGAGGCCCGGGCCCUGCACGACGCCGGGCGCCGGGCGCUGGUGCUGGGGGGCUGGGACCCGCGGACCACGGGAGCCGCCCUCCAGGCGUUGUCGCCGGAAGCAGGGGAGGAGCUGGCCACAUGGCACGGCUUUGACCCGGGGGAGAAGGUCGUGGCGGUGUGCGACUGGGCCACGGGCGUCUCGCCCCACGAGGGCGAGGCGCCGGGGGCUCCUGCGCAGCACCGGCCCUGGCACGAGCCCAGAGACGGCCCCGGCUCGCUGCGCUCCCACCCCAUCCUGCUGUCGCCACGCGGGCCGCACGCCGAGUCCCCGCCGCCCAGCGGCGCUUUCGCGGUGGUGACGGCCAGCGCGGCGGAGCUGCCGGAGACCCAGGAGUUCAAGCGCCGCGGCAGCGUGCGCCUGAUGGCCCUGGACGCGGAGGCCGGCGCCUUCCGGGUGCUGGCCCAGGUCCUGCUCCCGCAGCGGCCCACCGCCGCGGCGGUCAUGCGCGAGGAGGGGUGGGCGGCGGGGCCCUGCCUGGUGCUGGGCCUGGGCCGGCGGCUGGCCUGCUGGGGGCUGAGGGCCGGCGACCUCUGCCUCCUGCACUCGCUGUGCCUGUCCAACCGCAUCGACAGCCUGCAGGCGGAGGGGCGGCACGUGCUGGCGGGGGAUGUGCGGGGCGGCCUGACGCUGCUGAGGUGGCGCGACGAGGGCGGGCGCGGCGCCUUCCACGCCGUGGCCGCCGAGGGCCUGCGGCGCCACAUCAGCGCUGCGGUCUUCCUGACCCAUGCCGGCGCCGGGCCGGCGCCGGGAGGGGCCGUGCUCGCGACCGGCGACGCCGACGGCGUGCUCUCCUUGCUGCGCAUCACGCGCGACGGCGACGGCAGCAGCCGCUUGCAGCGGCUGGGGGAGCACCGCGUGGGAGAGCCGGUGGUGCGCCUGCUGGCGCUGCCGGUUCGGCACAGCACGGAUGCGGCCUGGGGCGGCACGGCAGCGCCGGCACUGCUGGCGGUGACCUCGCGCGGGACGGUGCUCGGCUUGACCCCGGCGGGGGACGUGGUGCACCGGCGCACUCUGGAGCGGGUGCACGCCCGGCUGCUGGCGCGGGCGGGGGUGGAGGCCCGUGUGCGGCGGUCUUUAGAGUACGAUCCCCCCGCCCCUGCGUGCGAGGAGGCGGGGUCGGCCGCGUGCGAGGAGUUGGGGCCGGCCGCGGAGGUGGGGCCGGCCGCGGAGGUGGGGCCGGCCGCGGAGGUGGACGCUGCCGGCAAGACGGCCGGCUACGACUCACCAGAGGCUACUCCCAUGGGGAGCUGCGGGGACGCGGCUCCUGAGCCGGCCGCCCCAGCACCCGACGGCGCAUGGGCGGUGGUGGAUGGGGACCUCAUGCUGGCGGCCCUGCACGCCCCCGCGCCAGACCUGGAGGCGCUGGCGGGCGAGGCUGGUGUGGCGUCGGCAUUUCUGCUUUCCAGCAUCCUGAGCGCCGCCGUGCAGGACGGGGGAGUGGAGCUGAGCCUGGCCUAG